ACUUCCUGUGAAACGUUGUGUGUUUAUUUGCGCAGCCUGAUCCUGUCAGGACAAAUCCAGGGAGAAACACGAACAUAUGUGGAGCCUGUCAGGAUUCACCCGGGGCUGAAACAACUCACAGCUCGUCCUUGACAGACGAGAAGAAGCCAAGAUGGCGGCCGCCGCAGCGAGAAGCCUGAGCUCCAAUUUGGCUAAAAACCUCAGAGAGAUUCGCCUCCACCUCUGCCAGAGCUCAGCAGCCAGCCAGGGUGCCAGGGACUUUGUGGAGCAGAACUAUGUGGGCCUGAAGAAGGCCAACCCAGACCUUCCCAUUCUGAUUCGAGAGUGUUCUGGAGUCCAGGCCCGGCUCUGGGCCCGAUAUGAUUUUGGGAAGGAGAGGAGCGUCUCGGUGGACAACAUGUCAGCUGAGCAGGUGGCCGCCACCCUUAAGACUCUGGCCCAGUCCAAACAUUAAGCCCCGCACCCUCAGAGCCAGCUCUACUUUCUCUAUUUUCUCUGUAAAUGUGUUGAUAUGAAUAAAGACUCUUGACUCCA